UCUCGCCGGCAGCUGCUUCGCCCAGCUGCGUUCCGCGCCGCCUCUACACAGCUGGAAGAAAGCAGCAGCCAACAUGCCGCCGCUGUCAGCCCGCGUCCUCCUGCUGGCGGCCGCCGCGUGCUGCGGGGUAGCAGCGCGGCCAGGGGCCAGACUGCGACCCCGCAGCCACGGCACUCUGUGCAUGUGCGACGACAAGUACGAGCCCGUCUGCGCCAGCAACCUCUACACCUACAACAAUCUCUGCGCCUACCAAUGCGCUACCGCGCACGCAUAUCCAGUGAAUCUCUUCAUGUUGCACGCGGGUCCGUGCAAUGACAAGGACAGAAAUACCGUCAUUGGAUUAGACGUGGAACCUUAUAGAGCUCAAAGUGCUCCUCAAAAAGGUAAUACUGAGAAUCGUAAACCUGGUAAUGGUACUCCUUCAGCUGGUACUCCUGCAGCUGGUACUCCUACGACUGGUAAUCCUACAGUUGCCGACAAAGAAACUACCACAGAGGCAGAUGACGGUACUAGCCCUAUCUAUGCCGUCAGCCUGGAGGACGUUCGUUGAAGGUGGUGAUGAAGCUGUUAAUCAAUGUGAGAGUUAAGAUUGAGGAAGCUUGAAGUUGGAAGUGAUGUUUAGGUGAGAAUCUGCAAAAGGGUGUAGAUGGGAGUGUGACGGGAGCCCUACUGUUGCACUGCAUGUGGGGGAUAUGUGAGCGCUGGAGUAGCAAGUGUUAAGAAAAUACGAAAGAGUUGGCAGCCGUAUUGAGACGACUUGCCAUCUUCCUUCCUCUCUGCAGCAGUCGUGCACGGAAUGGAGAAGAGCCAGUCAUCUCACACGUACAGCAUAAUACAGAUGGCUGGCAAGUCAAUCGUAUUUCCUUGACACACAUUACUCCAGUGGGCAUUUAUUCAAUAGAUGCAAUGCAACGACAAGAUCUCAGUCCUACACUCAACCACACUGUCGCUCAUAUUCUGAACUAAACAUCGCUUCCAACUUCACUUUUCUGACCCCUAACUCCCACUUUCAACACCAACCACGUAACUAUUAUGUAUCUGUUAAUUCCAUACAAAUACAAUGUCUUCUUUUCUGCCUACACUAAUAAUUAUGCGAUGUACGUUAUGAAAAUAAAAGUUUUAUGAUAA